AUACGGGUAUGCGCUUAGGGUUAAAAUUCUACUUUGGUUUUUUCUAUCGAGGUUGCAAUUGAUUUUUCUUCUGAAUAAAACCAAUUACCAAUUCUCAGUUUAUGUCAAUGUGCAAUCCGUGUUUGUCAGGCGAGAGAAGAAAAUCGGAAAUCUGGGGCCCUUUUUUGCAUCCAGGUAACUCCAAUUCCAUCAAAUAUUCGUGAGUUCAAAGGAGAAAUUCAGUUCUAGUUGGGACUUUCUGUCUGAGAUACAAAUUAGGUGUUGGAUGUUAUUCCACUUGCUGCCUGCGUCUGCAAAAUCUGAAGUAAAAAACCUCGAAAUCCUGCGAUGUUCUCAAUUUGAGCUCCCAAAACAAAACUGACCUAUUCUAGAAGUUAACAAUCGCAAAAAUGACGUCCGUGCUGCUCGAAAAAACUUCUUACGAUUCGUCCCAAAGACCUUCAACAUCAACUGGAAUUUAUCACAAUGAUUAUUUCCCAAAUCAAGAUUACAAAUCCAAUUCACAUCCAAAUGACAACUCUCCCAACUCUCAAAAUACACAAAAUUCCCAAAUUUACUCCCACAAAAGUCCAGAAUUCAAUGAUGACGAGGAGUUUAAUUUUGCCGACGAUACGAGAUCCGGAAGGUCCUCGACAUUCCAUGGGAGUCCCGUCAAAACAUCCGAGUCUGCGAACUCCAAUGAAAACUCACAGGCCGAGCAGCCUAAGUCAGCAUCGAAUCCUCCGACAAUGCGGAGACCGAGAUCCAACACUGGAACUUCAUUAGGCUCCAAGAGUAACUCGAAUGGAGGACAUAAGAAAAGAGCUAGCUACUGUACUUUUGAAAGUGGGAAUGCAUACGACACUUCAUCUCUGUCUAGUUGUGGAAGCAAUCAAAGUCGAAACUCAGAUUAUUCUUUCUUGGGUGGCAAAGACGAGUUUGUUGUCGAGAAGGAGAGCAGGACUGUAGUACUGGCAACAACAUCAAGAUCACUCACCCCUCCAGAUGAUGUGCGAAACAAUGUUCAAGGUUACGAAAGGUCCGAAGGAAAGACUGUCGUGAAAACAGUGAAGAAGUUGUCGGUCAAAAAGAUUUCUCAACCUCCGAGCAGUUUAACGAGUCCACACAUCAGCAAACAAAUCUCGCCGUGAUUUCUCAUUGAACUCUGACAAAAAAUUAUGAUUUAAAAAACUCUGAAUUGAAAUAAAAACUAAAAUAGAACGAAAGUGGGGAUUUUUCUUUCUUGAAAUGUGGUAGUAGUUCAGAUUUUUGAAAA